AUGACAAACGAACGCAUGCGUUCCGUGCUCUGGACAAAUGGUGGACUGCAGCUUAUUGAUCAACGCAAGCUGCCAACGGAGUUAGUAUUGAUGUGCUGCAAUACGGUGCACGAUGUCACGCGUGCCAUUACAGACAUGGUCGUGCGUGGAGCGCCAGCCAUUGGUGCAGCCGGAGCUUUCGGCCUCGCUCUUGGAGCCAAGAACUUCCAUGCUACUGAAAAUAGCACACCGGUAGAGUUUCUCAAAGCUUUGGAGCAAGCGAAGGCUACAAUUGAUGCAGCGCGACCUACAGCGGUCAAUUUAACGUGGGCAACGGAUCGGGUGGUGAAGGAGCUUCGAGUAAAGGUGCAGGAGCAGACGAGUGUUGUCGAGCUGGUUACAUACACAUUGACAAUAGCACAGGCAUUGGCGGAAGAAGACGUGGCCAUUAACAAGAGACUAAGUCAAUUCGGAGCAGAGCUUGUGUCACCGGGGAGCAACAUCCUGCACCAUUGCAACACUGGUGCAUUGGCGACAGUCGAUAUCGGCACGGCUAUUGGCGUCAUCUACGAGUGCCAUGCCCAGGGCAAGAACGUCCACGUGUGGGUGGAUGAGACGCGACCGCGUCUGCAGGGCGCUCGACUCUCGGCUUGGGAGCUCAUGCGCGAAGGUGUACCAAUGCACCUCAUUGCCGACAACGCUGCAGGGUAUCUCAUGCUGGCUGGCAAAGUAGACGUUGUGCUAUUUGGUGCUGAUCGCGUCGCGGCGAACGGCGACGUGGUAAACAAAAUCGGCACGUACAAACUGGCUGUGGUCGCUAAAGAGAACAAGGUGCCAGUGUAUGCGUGCGUGCCAAGCAGUACGAUCGACCUCAACUUUCUUGAAGGAAGGAGCAUCCCGAUAGAGGAACGCAACGCUAAUGAAGUGACGUGCAUCCAGGGCGUGCGGAUCGCACCCGAAGGCUGUCCGGUCUUCAAUCCGGCGUUUGAUAUCACUCCGAAUCGAUACCUGACCGGCAUUAUUACGGAAGAGGGCGUGUGCUACCCGCCAUUCGAGCAGAGUCUCGCCAAGGUGGUGGCCGCUGCUGAAAAACGCCGUGCCGAGAUGUAG